AUGUCAGAUCCUGUGGAAUUAUUGAAAAGAGCUGAAAAAAAAGGCGUUCCCUCAUCUGGCUUUAUGAAGCUGUUUAGCGGCUCGGAUUCAUACAAGUUUGAAGAGGCUGCUGAUCUUUGUGUCCAGGCAGCCACCAUUUACCGCCUGAGAAAGGAGUUAAACUUGGCAGGAGAUUCUUUUCUCAAAGCUGCCGACUAUCAGAAAAAGGCUGGUAAUGAAGACGAGGCAGGUAACACUUAUGUAGAGGCUUAUAAAUGCUUCAAAAGCUGCGGAAACUCUGUUAACGCAGUGGAUUCAUUAGAGAACGCCAUCCAAAUCUUCACUCAUAGAGGCCAAUUCCGGAGAGCGGCCAAUUUCAAGUUCGAAUUGGGAGAAAUCCUGGAGAAUGACUUGCACGACUAUCCGAAAGCUAUAGAUUGUUAUGAGCUUGCUGGUGAAUGGUAUGCUCAAGAUCAGUCUGUGGCGUUGUCGAACAAGUGCUUUAUCAAGUGUGCAGAUCUGAAAGCUCUCGAUGGUCAAUAUAUUGAGGCAAGUGAUAUCUAUUCCAAGCUAAUUAAGAGCAGCAUGGGCAACAGGUUGAGUCAAUGGAGUUUGAAAGAUUAUUUUCUGAAAAAGGGGCUUUGUCAGCUGGCUGCCACCGAUUCUGUUGCUGCUACUAGGACUUUACAAGAGGGACAGAGUGAAGACCCAAAUUUUGCAGAUUCAAGAGAAUCUGACUUUUUGAAAAGUCUUAUCGACGCCAUUAAUGAAGGUGAUAGCGAGCAGCUCAGCGAGCAUUCUAAAGAGUUUGAUAAUUUCAUGAGAUUGGAUAAAUGGAAAAUUACUAUUCUGAAUAAAAUUAAGGAGUCCAUCCAGCAGCAAGAAGAUGAUUUGUUAUAA